AUGACACCUUCCGCAGUGGGUAAUAUAAUUUUUUGGGUAUUUUUGUAUUUUAUAAUUGGCUGUUUCGCUUUAACGUACCUCAUUGCAUUAUAUCUAUAUCUUCGUUGGUUUUUCAGACGGUCUUCCAAAAUGCCCAAAUGUGGAAAUUGCGGCCUCAAGUACAAGCCUACUGGGAACAUGGCUCCGCGAGUUCUAAACUGUGGGCACUCUUGUUGCGGAGGUUGUAUUAAGAAACUUGUCGGGCAGAUGACUUGGGCUGGGAUUAUUUAUUGCCCAUUUUGCACGAGAAGCAGUUUACUGAAUAAUAAAAAAUGGAAGUCCCUGGUGCCAAUCAACUAUUCAACUAUAUGUGACAUUUUGAAGAAGUAAUAUAAUAAAAUAUGCAU